UCAAUAAACGGUUUGACGACGCGCAAAGGGAGACGGUAACCAGCUUACCAGGGUACGCAACUCUUGUCACAACAAACAAGAUGGAGGGGGUUGCAGCCUAUGAGUUCACGGCAAGUCAGCCCGACGAACUUUCGUUUCCGAAGGGAGUCACAUUGAAGAUUCUCAACACAGAGGACUCUCAGUGGUACAAGGCUGAGUUAGAAGGGCAGCAAGGCUACAUUCCUUCAAACUAUAUACACUUCGAUCAGCCACCAUGGUACAAGGGUAAGAUUAUGCGUUCAGCUGCAGAGGACAUGCUGAUAGGUGGUGGCUUCCAACCAGAUGGAGCCUUUCUUGUCCGCAAAAGUGAAUCAGAUGACAAUGGACACUCACUUUCUGUCAAAUAUGGAGGUGGUGUUCAGCAUUUUAAGAUCCUACAGGACCAGGCUUCAGGAAAAUACCAUCUGUGGAACAUGAAGUUCGAUUCGAUAAAUCAGCUUAUUGCACACCAUCGAACCAAGUCUGUUUCAAGACUUGAUACCCAAGCAAAGAUCCUGCUGUGUGACAUGACAUCAGGACAAGGAGGGGUUGUGUGCAAGUGUCGUGCUGCAUUCAACUUCGCACCGAGCGAUGCCGACGAGCUCAGUUUCAAAAAAGGGGAUAUUCUUAAUAUUUUGGAGAAGGUGGACGACCACUGGUGGCGUGGUGAAAUCGAAGGCAGAGAGGGACUGGUGCCAGCCAACUACUUGAAAGAAAUGUGAUAGACUCUGUGAAAAGACUUCCUAAUAUGGGCAACGACUCUUAGUAUCUCUUGUGUCAUGAAAACCAAACACUCAAUGCGUACUUGUAUUUGUGAAGAUAGUCACCAGCAAAUCCAAACCUACAAAAAGUGUUUAGUUCAAGUUUUCUCAUUUUAAUAUCUGUUUUUUUAUUGUUUUCUACAAAGCUUACAUUGAUUUUAUUUUAUUUUCUUAUCAUAAAACGUAACCAUAGCUGCUUGUUGUAUUCAGAAUAUUUAUUAUCCAGUUACAGAAUGCAUAUAUAAAACUGCACUUGCUGUUUCUCAUGCUAUGGUUAUUUAGCUCACUUGAACAGGUUUCACCUUAGCUAGUGUAUAGGCAAAGAGGCAACAUCUUUUAAUAUUUUUUGUGAAGAGGUCUUUAUCUAUAAUGUUGCAAAUAUCCAAAAUUUUGUGCCAGCCACAUUAUCAUGAGUGGAUAUUUAUUAAAAUACUACACAUAGUUUAUGUCGAUAGUUUACAUUUGAAUCUUUUUAUCAAAUCAGAAAUACUUUGCUAACAUGUAUUAUAAAUGUUCUUGAACUCAAAGAGCAUGAGAGCCAAUACAGUUUGCAUAUUCGAGAAAGAGUCAGAUGGUUGAGCCAGUUAGAGUGAAGACGAAUUUACAUGUGAUCCUUUUCUGGCUUAGUAUAUUCAAUCACAUUAUACACUGUACAUCAAGCUGGUGCUUUGAUUAAUAAUAAGGAGUACAUUAUAUGAGUAUGUGAUGCAUAUAAAUACACGUAAAUUUGCCAAAAGAAAUUGUUUACAGCGUUACCACCUGUUCCUAGGAUGUACAGACCCAUGCAAAAAAUAUUUUCGGACACUUGACGUAAUUUCCAUAGACUUACAUGUUAUUUCAGUGUAGCAUAAAUACUUUUCAUGCAGUGAGUUUAGGAUGGAUCU